UCAUCUCCCACAUUUCACAACUGACAAACGGACACUAAUACUUGCGAUUCUAGCCAGACGCACGACAUUUGCAGUGUCUGCCUCCAUCGUCACGCUCAAAUUGCUGUCAAUGCUGCGAGCUUUGUUCUUAUUACAGCCGACAGUCGCAUCUGAUUCCUCUCAACAUCGACGCUGCUGUUCCCAGAAGUAGAAGAAUGAUCCCGAGAGCUUCAUUUCUCUGGCCACCCAUUCCCAUUAAUCCAAAUGGAUGACGGACGACAUGCAGUCAAACCCUCCACUAGGGCUAAUCUUCGACGCGUGGCGGCGGACGGCAUCAUCGGACGCUUGACAUACACCCCAGCCCAGGGUGAUGAGGCCAUCGGCCAGAUCCAGAGGAACAGGGCCAGGGAUGAGGCCCCUCGGUUCAAGCAAGUGGCACCCUUCACGCAAUGGUGUGCGCCUGCCAGGAACCCAGCAUACCAGCCCAGUGACAAGCGCCCUUUCCAGCUGUCGAGAUCCCAGAAGCACUGGCUGCUGGAGCGCCUCCCGGAGGCUGCCAUCAUCGAUGAUGAUAUUGAAUCUCUAAUAAUUGACGAGAUUGCAGCUUCUAACCCAAAGAAACAACCAGCACCUUUGGACACAACCCCGCUCUUUUCCGUGGGAGAGGUGGCCGACUUGAGAGAAGGCGGGUCAAGCAAGGGCCAGCCUGUGCUCGCCGUCGCUUGUGGUGUCUCUGGAAAUGUCUUACGGCUGAUAAGCCUUGCUCGUGAGGAGUGGGUUUGGAUCGAGGCCGACAUUCGGGUUCGUGUCCAUGCUGCAAACCCCAAGCUCGAAGGCGAGUGGUGCCAGGAUGGAGUGCCCAUCACCUUAGUCAAGUUUGCCCUUGACCCGCGGAAGCAUGACCCGAUCCGAUGGCUCCUCGUCUCCAAUGGUACGUCGACCACAAUCUACGAGCCCGAGCUGCGGGUAAUUCCCAUGCCAGCAUCCAGGGUCUCCACAAACGCCUCCGGACGAUCAGCUAUCAAUCAGAUCGUCGGCAACCCGCUCUUAGCCAUUCCCUGUGAGCGCACUGGAGUGAGUCUGCAAGCCGACGUCUGCUUCAUCCGGCAUCUCGAGGCAGACACUCCGCAAUUAGCCAUCAUUGACCAGGCUGGGUAUUGGAGUCUUUGGGAAAUUACCGGACGUCGAAACGCGCGACCGAAGAACUUGACACCGGUUUUGAAAAUAUGCGGCAACACUGUCUCAGGUCAUAUUCCUAGGCUGCCUUCCCGCCUACCAUCCGAAUCACAGCCACAUGGGGUUUUGUGGCUGUCCCUGGGACAAAAGAGCUUCGAGCCAUCCAGGCGUCCGCCGAGCCAUACGAGAAGCCCAUCGCAACAAUCUCGUGUAUCCGUUGAUUGCGAGCGGCAGGCCCCACGACGACUACUGCUCUUCUCCAGUCCUCGGAGCCUGCAUCUGUUCGAUCUCUCAGGGAUGAAGCUGCAUUCUGUCUCCCAUCUUGCCUUGCAAAAAGAUACCCACCAGAUUCUCGGUGUAGCCCCCUCCCGGCUGGAUCCCGCCCAAGCCUUCAUCCUGACCAGCACAAACCUGCUGUGGGUAGUCGUCAGGGUGCCUGAAAACAAUGCGCCAACCCUCGACGUCCUCUCCUCCUGUCCUCACCAAAAGGACGUCAACGACCGGACCCUUAGGCUAGACGUCUCGCCAGGAGCAUACAUCAACGACCAAAUGGCAUGCUUCGUCUGCGUCCGAUCCGUCAAGGAAACCACCAUGACGGUCUUCUGGUUCAUCAACCCGCAGCCGGGCGCGCCAAUCCGGUACCACCGCGAUCUUAUCUCCCUUAACCACCCGUCCAGAUUCAUCGGCUUGAGCAUCCUCCCCGCCGGCCGUCGAAUGGGCAAUGAGCCGACGUCGGAGGCCGGUCGCGCAAUGAGAAAGGCGCAGCUGAGGUUCUUCCAGCUGCUGACGCUCGGUCAAGACCUCGACGUUCACAGCGCGUUGUGCGCCUGGUCUGACGAGGCCGGGGUGGCUGUGCCGCCUCCCGAUAUGAGAGAGGUCAUCGGGGAGAACAGCAACCGCCGGCUCAAGUUGCUGCAGAGCCUGACCGAUGCGUUCGCGGUGCCGGAUGAGUUUGACGAGCGCGCUGUUUUUGGGAAGAAAGGGCUUGACGCUUCGCCGUUAGAGAGGUUGAAGGGGGGGAUUCAGCAGCGGGUCGAUUUUGGCAUCGUUGCGCAGCGCUUGACAGCGGAAGAUUUGGAAGGUGAAGAUGGUGCGGUGUCGCUCUCGGGCGGAGUCGACUUCGGUUUCAUUGCUGAGGCGGUUGAGCGGGAGAAGAGGGAGGAUUAUAUGCCGCGGCGUUCUCUGCUAGAGUUGGCAGUUCCUGAACUGGGAGGCAAAGAGCUUCUCCAGGUGGCUCGCGAAUGGGAUUUUCAGCAAGAAGCGCUACAUCGGCGUGCUGGCGAGUGGCACUUUGUGCCGGAGGCCCGUCGCCCCUUGAUCGACUUCGGCCCUGACGACCUGGUUGACAGACUGCGCGAAAUCUUUAUCGAGCCUGAGCAUAGCCACGAUGCUCCUUCACACGAGAACAGGGAACAAGUGCUGCAGAACAUGGCGGCCGAGAUGUAUCUCAGUAAUAUCGGAGUGUCGUCCGUGCCUCGAACAUGGAUUUCAUCGGAAAGCCAGCUCUCGAGUUCGCUCCCGUUCCCCAGCUCGCCGAGUCUCAUUCCAUCACAGCCCUCGCUACCAAGCUUCCGCAACGUGAAAGGAGAAGCCAAGCAGGGAGAGGCAGAAGAGCAAGGCGACGCAGUCGCGCUUCGCCUGCGCAAGUACGCCACACUCAACGUUUCCCCAACAAUCCACGGGGAGCCGACGCUAGCCCUCUCCCGCUGGGAUCUGGGCGCAGACCCAGACGACAUCACGUGGAAACCGGGGCAAGACGUCGAAGUAGAAGACGCCAUCAACAGGCGCCGGCGCAAGAUCGAAGCCCGCCGGAGAAAAGCCGAGCGAUUGUCGCAGCGCAUCUUUGGCGAGAGCUCGUUCCUGACGGACCAAUUGUCCCAGUCACUGGGCGGGCCGUCUACCCAGCCACUGCCGAUGAUCCUCUCGACGGACGAGAGCAGCCAGCGCCAAAGGCUGAACCAAACUCAGAGUCAGAGCCAGAGCCAGCAGGCGGGUCUGCCCCCAUGGGAUCUGUCGCAGCAGCGUCAUGCGAUGGGAGGGCUUGGAACGCCGAGGGUGCGCCCGGGUUCGCCUUUGAGAAGGGAGCAUCGGAGAGAUUCGGGGACGGGGAUGAUGCCGGCUUCGCAGCAGCAGCAGCUGCUGCUGUCGCAGGGCACGCCAUCGCAACCCAAGUCGCAGGUGCUACCUGGUUUGUUUGGCGGGCGGCCUUCGUUUUCGCCGUUUAAAAGGAGUCCGUUGAAGAAGGGGAAGCGGAGGAGUGAGGUGCGGUUGAGCGGGUUUCGGUAGGGGGUGGUUGACUGCGUGGGUUUAUGGGGGUACCUGUUGGAGGAUGGAGUUGUUAUUAGUCCUUUGGAGAUAAGAGGCCCGUGCUUGGUGUACACUCUUCUCAGUUAGAAGUAGGGAUAUUCCGGGAGCAGAUUGAUUCCAGAUUGAUGCGUUGGGGUUGCGCAUGGGUACGCGGCAGCUUCUUCUCCAUAAAUUGUUAGUGCACGUUUGCCACAGCAAACUGAUCUCACAAGUCACAAACUCAC